AGAAAGCUAACGGGGGACUCAAGAGAAAGAACUUUACCAAACUUUAAGAGAACUACAAGAGGAAUCAAAACACAAGCAAGAUGUGUAAAGGAUUAGCUGCGCUGCCACAGUCAUGUAUUGAGAGGGCUAAGGAGAUCAAGUCCAAACUGGGCGUCCUGCUGCAGAAGCCGGACAAUGCCAUCGACCUGAUCAUCCCAUACCCAGAGAAGAGCGAGAAGAAACCGGAGAAAUUGCACAAGCCGACCCCGGAGGAGGUGGCCCAGUGGCAUGAGAGUUUGGACCAGGUUCUCCACAACAGCUAUGGUCUGUCUGCGUUCCGUAGCUUCCUGCAGUCCGAGUUCAGUGAUGAGAACAUCGAGUUUUGGGUGGCCUGUGAGGACUUCAAGAAGACCAAGAACCCAGUCAAGAUGGCCACCAAAGCCAAGAAGAUCUACGAGGACUUCAUCCAGUCUGAGGGGCCCAGAGAGGUGAACAUUGAUCACUUCACUAAGGACGUGACCCUGAGGAACCUGGUCGACCUGUCCCCUGCGACCUUUGACCUGGCUCAGAAGAGGAUCUAUGCCCUGAUGGAGAAAGAUUCCUUCAGCCGCUUCCUCCGCUCCGACUACUACCAAGACCUGCUCAUCAACUAAACUCAGCAUGCUCUAGGGGGCGCUGUGAUAGAGAGGGGGAGGGUGGGGCCAAGUCAUUUUAAAGGGGGUAUACAGGUUGUGUUUGACAAUACAAGUUUAUGAUAGAAAUGCCACAACUGCAGAUUCACAGAACAUUUUGUAGCCUCUUUAAAAUGACCGCAAAGGUAAAGUCCACACAUAUAAAUAUUUUUCAUUUCAAUUUAUUUGUAUUUUUUUUUUAGACCAACCUACAAAUCUAGGUGCCUGUCGCUUUAAUAUCUGUGUAUACAAAUCAUGUGGCUAUCAAUGAUUUAAUAUGUUAAUUGGAAUUUGGAUAUCUUAUAAAAAACGAUUGCUAAAGAACUAAACAAAUCAAGAUAAACUAAACAACUACAAGAAUUUGACAAAAAAAAAAAGAAGUCAGGUAACAUAUAAAAUGAUUUCCAUAUUUAUAUGUGAGGACUUCGGACCUUUUGAAAUGCAUUUUUUUU